UCUGACUAUCAUAUUUGAUUAUUACUUAUACGUGUAUAUAAGUUUAUAUUUAUAUUUUUAAAGAGUCAGUCCAUAAUUAUGGUAUACUAUGUUUUAAUUUUAUCACAUGGUGCGACAACAUGAAAAGUACAAAAUGUGUUGGAAACUUCCGCAAUGUUUCACGAUAUUUUCUGGAUAAAGCACUGAGUGUCAACAUUGACUGUUAAGUCAUUGUGUAAUCUAUACUUUAAACAUUAUGUACCUUCGUUCAAAACUUAUUAUUAAAUGUUAUGCACUUAAACUCUUCUUCAUUUCGCUCUGCUCAACAAGUUCAUCAAUUGCAUUAACUGGGGAUCACGUAUGUCUAAGUAAAGAGAAUGAAACAUUCUGUUGCACAGACUAUGAAGAAAGAAAUAAUUUGUGUGUUGAGUGCAGACCUGGAUUCAGAGGGGAUAACUGCAGUUUGAGAUGUCCAGAAAAUUAUUAUGGUCAGCAAUGUAAAAUGCAGUGCAAGUGUAAAGUAUCUGAGUACUGCCAUUAUGUAUGUGGCUGUGUUUCAACUCUCACCGAAGCUUUUAACGACACACAGAUGAUUGACAAUGUCACCAACAUGGAACAAAACGUUAACAUCACAGAUAUUACGCAGACCCUUUCAGUGGAAUCAUGUUUAUCUUCAACAAAAAAAUCCAUCGAAACAACAGUCAACAACGUUGGAAAAACAACUGGUAUAAAUAUCACUGAAAUAAGGAUUUACAGUACUGAAAACGACGAUGAUAAAGCAUUCAACCUUCACGACAACACAGUUUUGACUGUAUUUCUUGUCGUACUAUCAUCUGUGUUAUUUGCCUGCUUGCUCCUCUUUUUUGGAAUAACUUGCAGAAAAUAUCAUACCAAAAUGAAAGAAGGACAUAAUGGUGUUCAUAAUGCGUUAUACAUAUCUCAAGAAGGAGACAGAGAAAACAACCCUGUAAGCAGAGAAGUUACAUCUGGAGAUCCAGUCUAUGGUUCCUGUGAAGACCCUUGUUAUAGUACAUUAACACUGAGGGUGAACUAUGGCCCUACACAUCCAUGUAAUCAAAACGGAUCCACUGAGGAUGUUAAUCCCUAUGGCUAUACAUAUAAAGGGGAGGGAAAUGUGGUUAGAGUACAAGGAACGAAGGACAAUAAUAUUUAUGUGGAUAAAGAAAGCGUACAUGUACAAACACAUAUAAGCUCAACUCAAGGACAGUAUGAAGACCCAUGGAAAAAUGAUUGUAAUAACUCCCUUUUGCGUCACUCUUCUCAAAGGAGGUUUGACCUUAUGCCAUAUGAUGGAACUCUCAGUCCUAUACGUGGAAAAGAAUAUGGACCGUACGAUCUGGCAUCUAGCAACUAAAUGCGAAAGUCUCUAUCAGGAGAAGUAACACUAGUAUCCUGUAAACGAUGAAAGGUCGUCUCAUUAGUAUAUUAAGUAAAUAUUAAGUAAAUCAUUGAGUGUUGUCUCAAUAGAAACAAUGAAAUUUAUUUUU